CGAGCACAACAGCGGUGACGAGCUCACUAGGCGCUCCUUCCCGGUGGAAAUUAGGCAACAAGUUCUCCGUCCAGAGCUCACAAGAUGGCUACAAAGCAGUCCACCACGGCGUACAACCUAGGCGGGCUCCUGCUGAGGGAGCUUGGCCUAGUGAAGAGAUCGGAGGAAGCGCAGGCUCAGCAUCAACACAGCGGUGCUACAACAGCGGUGCAGCCGCAGUUGAUUCCACCGUCCGAGUCGUUCGAGCAGAUAGUAAACAUGGCCACAUUGCCCUUCUACCUGGAGAGCUUCAUCCUGUUUGGGCUGCUGUCGAGCCUCAACAGCUUCUUGCGGCUGGUUGUGGUGUUGCCGCUGGAGAUCGGUGUGGAUGUGAUACUGUUGAUACUGUCGAUACGGGAGAUGUUCAUCAUCAAGUCGCCGCGAAGAGACAAGAACUUCUUCCAGUACAUCAACGUGAGCAACUUGGUGUUUGCGUCCUUGAUCUUCACGGUGAUCCUGUGUACGAACGUUGACACCUCCAAGAUCUACCACACGAUCAAGAUCCAAAGCUCCAUCAAGCUGUACGUGAUGUUCGGUGUGCUGGAGGUGAGCGAUAAGCUGUUGUCCACUGUUGGACAAGAUCUACUGAACUAUACGUUUUCACGGUCAGCGCAACAAGUAUCACAGACCCCUUCUGGGUUUAUCAAGUGUCUGGGGUUUCUCCUGGCCAGUGCCCUGUAUCUUUCUGCCCACACCAUCGUGCUGGUGUACCAGACCAUUGCUCUUAACGUUGCCGCCAAUUCGUAUUCGAAUUCGCUGGUGACGUUGCUUCUCUCAAACCAAUUUGCAGAGAUCAAGAGCUCCGUGUUCAAGAGAUUGGAUAGAGAAGGCCUAUUCCAGAUGAGUUGUGCUGAUACCGUUGAGAGAUUCCAACUGUUGAUCCAGCUCGGGAUAAUAGCGCUGAGAAACAUGGUUCAAAUUGGAUCAGAUCCACAGAACUCAGGUCUGUUGCCCAAUGUGACAAUACACGGUAUUAACAAGUGGUUUGGGGUUGUCCUGGGACCAACUGCAAUAGUCAUUGGAAGUGAAUUGGCCGUUGAUUGGGUUAAGCAUUCCUACGUUACAAAAUUCAACAAGAUUAGACCACAGGUGUAUAAGAAGUACCUGGAUGUGCUUUCACAGGACGUUGCCAAUGACUUCAAAUGGAGGCACGCGAGUGGGUCCACCGAUAGGGUUCAGCAGAGAUUGGGUAUCCCACUGCCGGCACUGUUCACGCUAUUGGUUGUCAUGUCAAAGGAUUCAAUCGCAAAGCUAUUCUAUUCGGACAGUACGUCUUCUCCGUUGGUGUACCCAAACGUUGCAAUUUGUAUCACUCUGUACGGACUACUGCUUACCUUUAAGCUUCUACUGCAAUUGGCUCUGUUAAAGAGAUCCAAUAGCAUUUUGAAGUCCAAAUCAUCACCAUCAUCAGCAACAGACCAAUCCGACUUUGUUCCUGGAAUCACGUCCGGGGGCCACGGUGCGAUGGACCAAAAGGGCAUAGAUAGCAUAUGGGAAGGUAAGGCAAAGUCAACCUCUCGUGAACCAAAGCAGAAGAUGGGUCUCAACGGCGUGACCCGUUAUAGAAUGGUUUCCAAGCGUAUCUGGUAACCACGGUGAUGGGGUAACCAUAGCAACAAUUAAAACAGCCACAACCCGUC